CCACCCCCCCCAUUUUUUUCAAUCUUUUUAAGUCCAGAGGACAAUAGAGGAAUCCAGCCAACUCUUGAGACCUUGUUGAAGGAUGAAAGGUGCCUUGCAGCCUUCCGAGCCUUCCUGCGGUCCGAAUUCAGUGAGGAGAAUAUAGAAUUUUGGCUAGCAUGCAGAGACUACAGAAAGACCAUCUCACCGGCUGACCUGUUCUGGAAAGCAACAGAGAUCUACCAGGAGUUCCUCCAUCCCCAGGCCCAGAGAGAGAUCAACGUUGACCACCACAUCCACGAGAAGAUCAAAAGGUCCAUGAAAGCCCCUGCUCUGUGCUGCUUUGACGAGGCAGUGAGACAUGUGUACAAACUGAUGGAGAGCGACUCGUAUUCCAGGUUCCUCAGGUCAGAUGCCUACCUGGGGCUCGGACGCAAAGCCAGGACCUUCUGGUAGAGGUUAGGGGUCAAGAGUUUGUGAAUCAAGAUUCACCAAGUCCAAACAAGGAGGAUUCCAAACGAGUCAUGGAAACAUGAGACUUUAGAUCCUGAGGAUUCCAAACGAGUCAUGGAAACAUGAGACUUUAGAUCCUGAGGAUAGAACUGAAAGAUCCCCCACAGGAAGUGACACAUAAUGACCACAGGAAAUGACUUAUGAGUUGGAGAAGAAGAAGAAAUGAGUAUAGAGUAUGGAGAAGCAUUAGAGUGUUAGAGAUGAGUGAUGUGUGGUGAUGAGUAGUGUCAAUGAUUCAAAGUGCUAAACAGUACAUUUAUUCAAACAUCUAGACUGACUGAUGCAUCAAAAGUGGCGUUGGCGUAAAAAAAAUGUGUGUAUAGGGAAUCGUUUUAGGUAAGAACAGAAGGUACAGAAUGUCUAAAUGGGAGGACUUACAUUACAAAUGGUUACAGAAAUGAUUUACUAAUGGUUACAGAAAUGAGUUACGUAUGGUUACAGAAAUGCAGCACUAAAAAAGGCUUUUAAGUAUUCCAUUCAAGUGUUAUUUGUUUUGGCAAAGACAAAAAUCUGUUUUUUUUCAUUUCAUGCUUAUUUGACACCCAUGAUAUGGAUCUGUCAGCAAUAUGAAACAUGAAUAACUGUUAUUCAUUUAACUCUUAAUACUAAUAUAGCAUGGAUGGACCCUGUCAGUUUAAAUAUACAGUACACUUCCAUAAGUCAGGAUGUUGACGUUGUCAGAGUGAAGGGUUAUCUUUAAUUUGUCCUGUGACACUGAGUAAUCGCGUGUGGUCGGUGGGCAGGGAAAAUCGGAGAAAAUGAUUUUCCACAGCCUGCUGACUGUAAGUCUGUUGUGAUCACGUCAGCUGUCUCAGCUAAUUGCCCAGAGCCAGCCCAGCGACUAUGUAUUGAAGCUGGAAAAAAUGUGCCCUGUCACCGUUGACCCCACUCUAUAGAUGGCUCUAUUUCUCAAAGUUGUCUCUUAAAAAGGUCAUCUGGAUGGCUCUAAGAAUAACUGUGAGUUUGACCCAGAACUCCCACCAGUGGAUUGGAGUCAGUGGAUGCUCUGAUGCAUGGCAAAUUGGCCUGAAUGUGUCCCCUUGUUAGGAAAGUAAUCUCAUCACCAAGGACCAACUGUUCUGUGAUGACUUUUAGCAUCAGCAUGGCGCACUAUGGACAAAUGUCUGGAGGCUAGCACAGCAUGAUCUUCAAUUGAGCAUUGCACAAUAAUUAUGAGAAGAACUCAAUGUUAUUACUACAUACAAGGUUAUAAAUAGACCACAGGAAGAGUAGCUGCUGCUUCAGCAACAGCUAAUGGGGAUCCUAAUAAAAUACUAAAUACUUAA